AGGUUGGUGAGGGGGAGAAGUAAAAAGAGUGGAGGAAGGUAAAGGCCUGUGUGGGUACAAGAGGGCAAGGAUAGGACAAUCUUGAAAUCAUUUGAAAAUGCAAUGUUGCGGUGGCUGAUUUCAGUAUCAACUACACUGCGGGGCAGAGGGAGACUUGGAGGAGAGCGAAUGAUUUUAGGUGGAGAGCAGCAAAAGGGGAGAAUAGCAGAGACUCGGGUAGCCAAAGAGGGAAACAUAAGGGCAUUGAGAAAGGAGACUAAUGGCAGGAUAGAGACAAAAUCAUGUCUUUUUUUUUUUCAUGCCUAUCACCUUUAGAAGCUUUAAUAUUCCUUUGCAACCUGCCCCUGGGCUUUUCCAUUCCUUUUUUUGUUUACUUUUAUUUGCUAUAACUUUCUCUCCACACCCCUUGUAUAUGUAUCCAUUUAUUCCAGAUUAUUUUCCUUUUGUGUAAUUUAGUGAAACCGGCCCGACAACCAGGUCUUCAUUGUUAUCUAUGUUCUGAUACUUUUGUUUAUAUGUCUGGUUACCCUUACUCACUUUUCCUAGAUGUCUUGACCUGAACACUGUCACCAUAAUUACCCAGAAGCCUUUUCAUACAAUGGCAGGGAACAAACGAUGUCACAAACCCGAUAUUUUUACAGUUGGUGUGGUCUUAGUCAUAACCAUCUUGUGCAUUAUUGGAAUUACAUUUAUAAUUAUUGGUGCCUCCUACCUGGAUGACUGCGCUUUGGAAAGACACAUUCCAAUCUAUGUGUUGGUGCAGGGAAUUCACUUUUUGCUACUUGCAACUACACUUGCAAUUCUCUUUACAAGUGACCACUUUGCCUUGCUGUUCUUAAUUCUCUGCAUUCUGGGCACAUUCUGGUUCUGUUGGCUCAUUACAGGCAGUAUCUGGGUUUUUCAGCACCACAUAAACUACCAUGGAAAGUGUCACAAUGUGCUUUUCCUCUUUGCUUUCUGGACUCUCAUUGUACAGUACAUAGGACUCAGCAUCGCUUUCCUGGCCUCUGUCAUCUAUUGUUGCUUUUUUUGCAUCAUGCUCUGGGCUUGUGUGGCUGUCAAUGGAUAAAGAAGCAGAAAAAAAACGAUUUUUCUUGACCAAACCGACCUCUGCUGUGACCCGAAUGAAAACAGAAGAGACAAUUCUGCAAAAUACCGACAAAGGAAUAGCAAAGCAGCUUUGUCAAAGAUAUUAAGGGAGAAUCCUCAUGAUUAGGAUGUUAUUGAAGGGCUCCGCUUUUUAAUGCAAUGCAAAUAUCCCUAUAAAAGCCUCUGAAUGGAUCAAGCCUCCUUUUACAUUAACCCAAAGAAUGACAUGCAAAAGAUGAAAUAGAAAUGUAUAACCAUGGACGACCACUUAAAAUGCCACAACAUAGUUAAAAUAACCAGUAAACUGGAUACUUCUAGUGUUCCAAUAUACUGAUCUGAAAAAAAGGCAAAUGAUUAUACCACUGAAGAAGGACUGUGGAUUUUUCACCACUGUGUAUAAAUUCAUCCGAUCUCCGCACUUAAAAAAAAAAAAUAUGCAUGCUGCUUUUUUUUGCUAAUAUGGCGAAUUAAAACAACUGCUUUCUAUGUA